GGCCGGGGGCGGAGCGGGGCCGCGGCCGGGCGCUAUUUGGGCCAUGUGACGGGCCGGGCCCCGCUGGCCGCGCCUGGCGCCGGGAGGAGCUGGGGGUGUUGCGGCUUCGGCCUCCCCGCCGCGGCGGAGGAGCAGCAGCAGGCGGGCGGCUGCUCUGGCCGCGCUCCGCUGCUGCACCGCCGCCCCGGGAGCAGCCUCCGGCGGGGCCCGGCCGCUGCCAUGGUUGGGCCGGCUGCCUGGGAACGGCAAUACUGACUGGUGCACAUCUUGACAAGGUCUCCUAGCAACCUUUUCUGUAGGGCUGAAUGACAGCAGGAACGGCUGGGUGAAUCGAUGAGCUUGUCUGGGGAGCCUAGAAAUAGGCCAAAUCAGAACACACAAUGGGUCAGAAGGUCACAGGUGGGAUUAAGACUGUGGAUAUGAGGGACCCUGUAUACAGGCCAUUGAAACAGGAACUCCAAGGACUCGACUACAGCAAACCCACACGUCUAGACUUGCUACUGGACAUGCCUCCAGUAUCAUAUGAAGUCCAGUUACUGCAUUCAUGGAACAAUGAUGAUCGCUCACUGAAUGUAUUUGUGAAAGAAGAUGACAAACUCAUAUUUCACCGGCAUCCGGUGGCUCAGAGUACAGAUGCCAUCAGAGGCAAAGUGGGAUAUACACGAGGACUGCACGUGUGGCAGAUUACGUGGGCAAUGAGGCAGCGAGGCACACAUGCUGUAGUUGGGGUGGCAACAGCAGAUGCCCCUUUGCAUUCGGUAGGGUACACGACGCUUGUGGGAAAUAACCAUGAAUCUUGGGGGUGGGACCUUGGGCGCAACAGACUGUACCACGAUGGCAAGAACCAGCCAAGUAAAACCUAUCCUGCCUUCUUGGAACCAGAUGAAACUUUCAUUGUGCCGGACUCCUUCCUAGUGGUUCUGGACAUGGAUGAUGGAACACUGAGCUUCAUUGUAGAUGGGCAAUACAUGGGUGUUGCAUUUCGGGGACUCAAAGGGAAAAAGCUAUAUCCAGUGGUGAGCGCAGUGUGGGGACACUGUGAAAUACGGAUGCGCUACUUGAACGGACUUGACCCUGAACCACUGCCUUUGAUGGACUUGUGUCGGCGAGCUGUGAGGCUUGCUCUGGGCAAGGAAAGACUGAAUGAGAUCCCUACACUGCCACUGCCAGCCUCCCUCAAGAGUUACCUGCUCUACCAAUGACCUUCGUGUUCAAGGAUAGAGAGUUGGAACCAAGGCAACAUGUCAGAGCUGACCCACUGAGCAAUGGGUUCUCCACCUUCGUGUCAUCGCUACUGUUGGAACUCCUUGGCCAAAGUAUUCCUGCCACUGCUUAAGUGUCUGUGUGCCCUUAUUGGCAAGCUCUCAAGUAAUCCUUGUUUCACAACUGUUUUGUUCUUUGGAAGUCACUUCCCCAGCACACUUACAAAAGGAACAUUUACAGAAGCUCUGUGCUUCCCUACUUUUCCUGAGAAAAGGCUGUACUGCAUCCUUUGGGUUGUAGAGCCUAGGAGCGAAUGAUUUUUUCUGUCCAGCAAAAGGAAAGAACAUAGUUUGGGAGAAGGGAAGGCAUUAGGAGUGGAAAUCUUAAGAACAGAGAGGCACAGGGUGGCCAGCAGAGUCUGGAAUACUCUUUCAGGAAUUAAUUGCUGAGUUCUUAAAAACCAAAAAAAAAUACAACCCCAAGCCCUGAAACACCAAAACCAAGAACCCUUCCACCAGGAUGCUUUUGAAUUUGGGGAAGGUGGUUGCAUCACUGAUGUCUGUGUAUCUGCCAGGAUUCCUCACCAUGUUCUAAUGUUAUUUCAUAGAUAGUGAAUCCUCCUUUCUUGUUUAUCACUAUUGCUUUCUCAGUUCUCCUGCUCCAUUCUCUGUUCUGCUUCUUCUUACAGCUUUGAUUCAAUUGAUCAAGCAGUCAUACUGUGUCUUCACCUGCCCUCUUCUUCCUGACUUAGAACUGCAAGUUUUAGUCUGGGAUCAGGGGUUCCUUGGUGACGUGGGGACAUGGAACGGACAAACUUUUCCUGCAAUAGGUUGAGACGGGCUGUAUGAGCUGAGAUUUGUCACACAGCUAUAGGUCCUGCCAUCUUAGGUCUGUUUUCUGUGUAGCCUGCUCCAUCUUAAGGCUUUAGAGAAACAUACUGAUGUGUUUCUCUAACAGCUCUGCCAGGGAAUUAUUUUCUUAUCUAAGGUGCUUAAAGUCAUCUAAACCAGGCUUUGUUCUGCCACAGACCAUCAGCAUAAUCUUAAUUUAACUAUGCAGCAGGAAUAGUUCUCUCUGUCUUACUUGGGGGUGGGAAGUUGUCCUAGAGAAGGUGGUACCAUCAGCAGAUGAGAAAUCCAGAAAGUGUUUGCUGCAGAAUGUAACUUGUGAGACUUCAACAGAGACCAGGGGAGUGAUCUUCAGGCACAUGAAGAAGAAACAACCUCUCCAGAGCUGGAGGUGGGGGGCAGGAGAGAACUGCAAUAAACAGAACAAGCAAUUCAGGCAAAAUCAGCACAUCCCAAAUAGAUUCUCACCUCAGUAGACAAGUAAAGAGGAUGACACUCCUUUACUAGCAGGAGCUGCUCUCUUGACCUCUCCACAGGUUACUAUGCUGCCUUUCUGGGGUUAUUUUGCACAUUUCUUUGUCUUGAAAAAUGUUUGUGUGGUUGUUUUUUUUGCUCUUGAGUUAUCCCUUUGGUUCUGUGUUAGGUACAAAUGAGUUUAGUUGUUGAAAAUGUUAAUAUAUAUAUAUUUGUGGUGUAUGUAUAAGAACAUGUUUUAAACAGCUGCUGUAGGGUACCUUUUUUAAAAUAAACUACUUGCAUAGUAUAUUUUUUAAAGCACAGAAUUGGUGCCAAGACUGGGUGGGGUGUGAUAUGCCCCUUUUUAACCUAAUAUUAUAUAGUUUUUUUAAUGUAGGGGUUUGUACUAGUUUCUGUUACAGGGUGCAACACAACAGAAUUCAGUGUGUAUGGAGCCCUAUUUGGUUGCCUUCAACUUGAACCAGUGUCUUCCAGGGAAGCAGCUGUGUUCUCCCUACUUCUAAUGCUCUUGGUCCUCCCUUGUUUCCAUCUCUUCUCACUUCAUCAGGACAUUGCUUUGUACAGUUUUAAAUUCUGACUUUCUAUUUUAUGACUGUAGAUAAUACUCAGUAACCUAAUAAACUUUAUUAAAUAUUA